UGCAAAUUAGAAGAGGGGAGUUACAAACCAGGAGAAAAAUUCAAGUUCAGUCGCUCUUUGGAGUUUCAGCAUGUCUCAGAAACAGGUGGAAAGAAGGGGCUUUCGACAGAGAUCACCUCCAUUCCUCAGAUACUUGCAGAGCAUCCUCCGCAAAUACCCAGAUGGGGGUCAGAUCUUAAAAGAACUGGUCCAGAAUGCAGAUGAUGCAAAUGCCAAAGAUGUGAUCUUGCUCUAUGAUGAACGGAAUUUUGGAACCCAGAGGCUUUUCUCAGAGGGACUGGCAAGCGCUCAAGGCCCUGCACUUCUUGCCUACAAUGAUGGCCUGUUCUCUGAGGCGGACUGGGAUGGGAUCCAGACUCCCGGUCUGAGUCACAAAAUAGAUGACCCCUCUACAGUCGGCAGAUUUGGCUUGGGUUUCAACUCAGUUUAUCACAUCACAGAUUUCCCAUCUAUGCUCUCUGGUAAAUGGCUGGGAGUGCUAGACCCACAACAAACAGCAUUAAAUGAUGGGGGUCAGCUUUGGAGCGUGGAGGAGUGGGAAGAAGCCUCUGAUCAGUUCCAGCCUUUCUGGGCAGCACUGAAAUCGCUAGGCCGGCCUUGCCCAUCUGCUGAUGGGUUCUUUCCUGGCACCCUGUUCCGCUUCCCCCUACGCCACAGUCCUUCAGGGAUCUCGGAAAAUCUCUACAGCCAGGAACGGGCACGGGAGCUGCUGCUCUCCUUCUUGGAUGAUGCCCCCAUCAGCUUGCUGUUCCUCAGGAAUGUCCAGCAACUGACACUGGGCCUCAUUGGAUCCAACGGCUCCAUGAGUGAACUGCUGAAGAUUGAGGCCACUAAUCAUCCUCUUCAUGGGCUGAAUGUGGGCCAAGUUAUCCCACGCUGCGUGCCAGAGGCUGCAAAAGGUUGGCUGGACAGUAGUGGAAAUGCAAGUGUCCUCCUCCAUGGCUCAGACCUUCUUGACAAAGCUAAGCUGGAUACAGCAGUCAGCAUCACCACGCUUGACCAGUGUGGCUCUGGGAUUGGACAGGCCACCCACCGGGAUUGGCUAGUGUUGUCAGCAGUAGCUAAAAAGAACGCCUUUCCAGAUCUCUGGGAUCUCACGGAUACAGUGAGUUCUGAGCCAGCCCUGUCUUUGGCUUACCCUUUGCAGGGUGGGUGCGCCGGCCGCCUCAGCUGUGUCCUACCACUCCCUGCAACGGAUGAGAAUGCCACAGGCCUGCCCCUGCAUAUCAGUGCCCCUUUCCAGCUGACAGAUGACCGAAGACAUGUGCAGUGGUCUGAAGAGGGGUCCCAAGCACGGGGAGGGGAAGCUCGUUGGAACCACCUGCUGAUGGAAGAGUUGCUGCCCGUUGCUUAUUGUCAAGUUCUGCUUCUGGCAUCUGGCUAUCCUAGUGACCCUUAUGGGGCGUGGCCAGAUCCAGAUCAAAGCCACCAACUCCGGUACAAGGCCUUAGUGGCUCGUAUAUGCCAGAGACUGAUGGACAUGAAACUUUUGGUGUGGGUUGGAGAUGGGGAUCCCCGUUUCCUCCUUCCCUGUGAGUCUGUCAUCUUGCCACAGAAUGUGAUAGAUAAGCCAGUGGGUCAAGUGCUACAGAAGGCCCUGGUCUUGGCAGGGUCACUGCUGGCGGUUGCCCCUCCCCACGUGCGUCGAGCCUUGGCAUUGGGUGCUAAAGACAGAGAAGUGCAGGAAGCAACUGCAGGAUUUAUGAGAGAGACUCUGCGAAAGGCAGUCCACAUCUGGAGUGAGAUAUCUGUCCUGGAGAAACUGUUGCUGUUGGAAUAUGUGGCUGGAGACAGGUGCUACCGAGCACUGAAAGGUCUGCCAUUGGUACCCAUGGCCAAUGGGCACUUUGCCAGUUUUGGAGACUCUGCCCAGAUUGUGUUUGUCGAGACCUGCAACUUCCCCAGGAUCCUCCUGCCUGGCCUGGCUCACCAGUUUCUACCAAAGGAUCUGAACCCGGAGCUGCUGAAGCAUCUGCAAGCCAUUGCACAACAAGGGUUAUUUGGAAAUCUGGUUGCUUUGGAUCAAUGUGUUGUGGAGCAGAACAUUCGUGCAGCUCUCCCCAAGGAUUGGGUCAGCAGCGAUUCAACCCCUGUGGUUUGGUGCCCAAAGAAGAACCUGAAACAACCCCCUUUGGAGUGGCUUGCCAUGUUCUGGACUUUUCUGAAUCGCCACACUUCCUCCCUAGGGCCCUUCAAGGGCUGCCCACUGAUACCGUUGACUCUUCUGCACAACUCCCCCAAUGGCAUUGAGCUGGCACGGCUGCUGCCCCAGUCUGCCCUGCUGUUCCAGAGCCACAACAGGUACAGCUUGUCAGACGAAGUGGCUGGCAUUCUGAAGAAGCUUGGGUGCACUGUGAUCCAGAGUUGGGAUCCAGACUGGUGCCACCACCAACUGAAAGAGUACAUCCUAGAACCCACGCCUGGCAGUGUCCUGCAGGCUUUUGCCCACUUGGGGGUUUCAUCUGUAGCUCUCCGCCUGGCACUUCUGUCUACACACCAGAUUGAGAGCUUGAGCACAUUUCUCUCAACAGCCAUGUCUCUUUCCCAAGAAGAGACUGAAGUCCUAAGGGCAUUGCCGCUCUUCUCCAAGAUGCCUUCCCUCCUUCCACCUGGCCCACCUGGCUUGGUGUCGGCUCAGAACUACUUGGCUUUGGAGAAGAACCUGGUCCCACAAGUGCCCAAAAACCUGUGGACUCCACAGCCUGUGUUGGUAUGCCAGAGUGAAGCUGAACGCCGGCUGCUUUUGAAUCUCCAGGUAAACCUCUUGGGAGCGCCAGACCUGGCUACUCUGUGUGUCAAAGCAUUGAAGAAGGGGGCAUAUGCUGAACGGACACAAGAAGCCCAGGAAGUGAUGCUGUGGGUGCUGCACAAUGCUGACGCCCUCUUCAGCCAGAGCAAAGAACUGCAAGCACUGUGCCGCAACUUGCCUUUUCUAGAUGGUGGGUUUGGAAAGUUGGCCAGGCCCACUGAUCUUUAUGAUCCAGACAAUCACACUUUGCGGGCCUUGUUGAGACCCAACUGCUUCCCCAUUGGGCCCUUCCAGGAUCCAGCAAUUCUGCGGGCCCUUCGUGCUCUGGGGCUGAAGUCUGAUCUCACCGCUGUCUCUCCAGCCGAUGCAUUGAUGGCUGCCCAGGACGUGAACCAGUGCCAGAAAGCUGCCACUGCUAGUGCCAAAUCACAGGCCCUGAUCCGAGUCUGCAAUGAGACCCCUCUGCUCUCUUGUUUGUCUUCACAAGAGCUGAAGCAGCUGCAGCGCCUGGCUUGGGUGCCUGCCAUCAAUCCCUCCACGCGCGUGCCCGCUGACUGUUUCAUUGCACCUGAAAGGCUUCGCUCAGAGAAGUAUGCUGCUCUCGUGGGGCUGGUCAUGGGACUGACGAAUGCUUUUUGUCCCCAAGCUGCAAAGACUUUGGGGCUGGAGCAACCACCUCCACCAGAGACGGUGAGAAAGAAUCUAGCUUGCCUGGUACGGGACUAUUUCCCUGAAGGGACUCGAGUGUUAAUUUCACAGCUGCAUAGCGUUUAUCAGCACAUGCAGCAGCAACUGAAGGACUUCCAGAAGCCUCCCGAAGGCCCAGCAGUAUGGAAUGGGAAUGGCUUCUCACUGCCGAGGGACGUGGUGAUGGUCUACCCUGAUGACUUGGACUUGGUUGCCCUGAUGCCACGAGUGCCAUCAGACUUCCAACACUACGGUCAGCUCUUUUCAGCCUGGGGUGUCCGUCUGUCACCCAACGAAGAAGAAGUGUGCCAGGCCCUGCAUGAACUGGCAGAUCGCAUCAACAUGUGUCCUCAAGGUGGCACGCAGGCAGAACUGCGCCUUGUGGUGGCUGCCUUGGAUUGGUUCCGUGUCCGAGACUACCAGGGGGAAACAGAGAUGUUAGUGCCUUCGAGAAUCCCAGGAAGCACUAGCUUUGCUCUACUCCCAGCCAGUUCGGCACUAUACUGUGAUAUGGAUCAUGCUCGACUUGCUGACCUGGAUGGAAACCCACCUGCUUUGGUGCAUGAAGCUGUCCCUCCUGCCACAGCAGUCUUCUGUAAGGUGGAGAUGCUGAGCACUCGGUUGUCAGGCUUGGAAUUAUUUGAGCCUUGGGGUCCUUCAGAGCCUGUCACCCUCCGGAUCCGUAACAUCCUUCGUGAAUACUGCCAGGACGCAGAUGUGUUUAAGGAACUGCUGCAAAAUGCAGAGGACGCUGGUGCCAAAAGAUGCUGUUUCUUAGUUGACUUCCGGCUGCAUGACGGAAUUACAGAAGGACUUCUGGACCCUGGCAUGGCCACCUGUCAGGGCCCGGCACUUUGGGCCUAUAAUGAUGCCCUGUUCAGUGAAGCAGAUUUCACUAACAUUAUCCGACUAGGCGCAGCCACCAAGGAAAACCAGCAUGACAAAAUUGGUCGCUUUGGGCUUGGAUUCUGCACUGUGUAUCACGUGAGUGAUGCCCCCUCGCUUAUCAGUGGCCACAGUGUACUCUUCUUUGAUCCUAACGUCUCUCACCUCCAGAAGCACAUCCGUGACCCAUCCCGGCCAGGCAUCCAUUUGAAGCUGAGCCAGCAAACCGCUGCCGUGUUCCCUGAGCAAUUUCGGCCUUACAGGGGCAUCUUUGGCUGUCAGAUUGGGGAGGAUUACCAAGGCACACUCAUCCGGCUGCCCUUCCGCACUGAGCAGGAGGCAAAAGACUCGCAGAUUUGCUCCCAUCCUUUUGGACCCAAGGAAAUCAAAGCACUGCUGUCUGGUUUCCAGGAGAUGCCCCAGGAUCUGCUCAUCUUCCUAUGCAGUGUGCAGGAGGUGUCGCUGACCCACCUCCCUGAAGGUUCCAGUUCCCCAGAAGCAGCCCAGCUAUUGACUACAGUGACCAGGCAGCCCCUUGCCAAGAUGGGUGCUUCCAGCAUUGUGCAAUUGACCACGUCAGCAGAAUCUGAGCUUACUAUAUGUUAUUACCUGCUGCACUCCUGUUCUGGCAUGGGGGAAGCCUUGAAAUUGUACCAAGAGGGAGGAAAGAAGAGUGUCAGCUUCUCGCCACCUGUUGCCAGUGUUGCUUUACCCCUCUGCCCUGCUACCACUGCUGGGCGCUGGGCCCCAAAUCUGGAGGACUUUGAGGGGCGUGUCUUCUGCUUUCUGCCUCUUCCUAUUGAGUCUGGCCUCCCCCUGCACAUCACAGCAGCCUUUGCUGUGCUUAGUAAUCGCAAAGGGCUUUGGGACUCCACUGAGAAAGGUCAGUGGAACAGGGCACUCCUUCGGGAUUCGGUGCUGGGUGCCUGGCUUGGGGCACUGAGCCAGCUGCGAGACAUGCACAGAGAACAAUUACUGGAAGGCUAUGAAUACUAUACGUUCUGGCCUAGGGUCACCAAUGCAAAGCAUCCUUUCAGCGAGGCAGCCAAGGCUUUCUAUCGAGCCUUAGUCAAUGGUGUCAAUGGGGAGCAGCCAGUUCUGUUCUCAGAUGGGCAGAGGUGGUGCUCAGCCCGGCAUGCUUGCUUCCUGGAUGUGGACGUUGUCUGUGAGAAGCAACUGAGACAUACAGCUGCCCGGGUCUUCUCUUUGCUCUUGUCUGAACCAAAGAUGGCAGUGAAUGUUCCACUGUGGGUGGAGAUGAGUUUCAGCGCAAGCAUCUCGGAGGAUGUUUUGUCUCCAAACACCUACAACUGGACACGCUUCCUCAGGGAGCUCAUCUUGCCCCAUUUAGCUGAGCUGGACACACCUGAUCGUGAUGCCUUGGUUCUUCACGCCCUGGAUAUGAAGGAUGCCAGUGUGGAUGAACUUCUGAUCUCUCUGCCUUGCAUUCCUGCCACUCCAAACAAGCAGCUGAAACACAUUAACAGGUUGGUGCAUCCGGAGGGCCGCGUCGCACCACUCUACAUGCCUGAAGAUGGCUGUUUCCCCGCUAAUGCAGAAUUUCUGAAACCGGAGAGGUUGUUGCGUUUGGUGCACCUUGGUAUGACCCACAACCAUGUCACCAUUGAGGAACUGAUAAACCAAGCUAGAACUGUGGCUGACUUGUGGCACCGUGACCCUCUCAAGGCCUGCCAGCGUGCCCGCCACAUCCUGACACUCCUCGAGGACCAUCUUCAGGGAAGUGUCAGCAACACCAUCCAGGGAGCUUUCAGAGAAAUUCCCUUCUUACCCGCUGAGCUUCCUGGCAACUGCAGCACACUCUGUUGCCCCAAUAAGGUUUAUCACUACAAGCUGGAGCCCCUGGUGAACUUGGUCGAACCUGUUCUAGACAAGAAGGCCCUCGGCGGAAGUCUGAAGCUCUCUGAUGAACUGAAGGAAUUCUUAGGGCUGAGUCGCCAGCCACCAGUCACCACGGUAUUAAUGCAGCUGAAAACAGCAUCAUGUAGCUCCAAUGCCCUAAACAGGACAGAGCUGCCCAAAAUGGCUCAAAAAUGCUAUGCUUUCCUGAAUGACAUGGUGCAGAAGAACACUCUAUGCAGGUUGCAGGUAGCCCAAGAGGCACAGACUUUCCCUUUUGUUCUGAUUGGUUCUAGCUUUGUGUCAGUGCACAAUGUGACUCGCUACUUGGCCUUUGACGCUGCUCCAUACCUGUUCCAACUGCCUCAGGAAUACCAGGAACAAAAGGCACUGUGGAGUUGCGUUGGGAUGUCUGAUACCUUUAAAGUGGAGGAUUAUGCUGCAGUAUUGCAAACAGUGGCCAAGGAGACAGAUGGAAAAGCACUUUCCGAAGGGCAGCUGAACCUGGUCAUUGGACUGAUUGCUGUAGGUGUAGUUGGGGCCCUGCCUGAGGGUCAGCAACUAGAUUCUUUCACAGCCCAGAACAUUUUUUUCCCAGACACACACAAAAUCUUGCGUCCCUUGCCCAAGCUGCUCUUUGACGACACGCCAUGGGUGCCACGGGAGAGGGGGAUUCUGCUUUGCCAUUCCAUGAUCUCACGAGAACUUGCUAUUCGCUGUGGAAUUCCCACCUCAAGGCACCGCAUGUUGUCAUGCCGGCAAAUCCAUGGCCUUUCUCAGUGGGCCACUGAUUUUGGUGCCAGGGAGGACCUCCGUGUCCGGUUAGCCAACAUACUCCGUGAGUACUCUAAUUUCCAGGAUGUGCUGAAGGAGCUUCUGCAGAAUGCAGAUGAUGCUGGUUCAAGUGUUGUACACUUCCUCUGGGACCAGCGUCACCAUCCAACUAAUCGUGUCUUUGGUGAUGAAUGGAAGGAUCUCCAGGGCCCAGCUCUCUGCAUCUACAAUGACCGACCCUUUGAAAUGUGUGACAUAGAAGGGAUCCAGCGUUUGGGCUCUGGUGGUAAAGGUGAGCGGCGGGAUACCACUGGCAAGUUUGGUCUGGGGUUCAACACAGUUUACCACUUGACUGACUGCCCUGCCUUUGUGACAAGCGACAGUGCCCUAUGCGUCUUUGACCCCACAUUGCAUUACCUGCCUACCUCAGAUGACAUCUCUCCUGGAGGAAUGUUCAGCCUCACUAAAGAUUUCAAGGACACCUUCACAGAUGUUUACGAUACCUUCUUGCCUGAAGUGUUUGAUCUGGAACAUGGCACAGUGUUUCGAUUGCCCUUGAGUACACCUGCUGGGGCAGCAGUCUCCCCUGUCUGCCAGCGUUCUGUGUCAGAGGAGGAUAUGCGGAGUAUGUUGGAGGCUCUCAUAAAAGAGAAAGACAGCAUCGUGAUGUUCCUCAACCAUGUUCACCGUGUGGUUUUCUCUGUGAUCAAAGAGAAGCAAAAGAUUCCCACAGAAAUUCUGUGUGUGGAGACUGAAGGUAGUGAACCUGAAAGACUAGAAUACCAGAAACAAUUCCAAGAGGCUGCUGCAGCAGGUGGAAGGGAUGUAGGCAAGCCAGUAAGAGUUUUUUACAGAAUGAAAGUGAAGUGUAUUUUCUCUGAAACUUCCAGAGAAUGGCUAGUUGGUAGACAGAUAGGAGUAGACGGCAUGGACACUGUAGAAGGCAUACAGCUGCCGCAUGGCAGUGUGGCUGCUUGUCUUGAUGAGCAAGUACCAGGUAGGGCCUUCUGCACUCUGCCAUUGCCAGUGAAAACUGGUCUCCCUGUCCAUAUCAAUGGGAACUUUGCUGUGGACUCUGCACGGCGGGACUUACGGAAGGAUGACAACAAGGACAGCCCUGAGACUGUGUGGAAUAGCUUUCUGCUGCAGAGACUUAUAGCCCCUUUGUAUCUCCACCUACUUGAGGAGCUGCGUAAGGCACUGGGAAAUACAUCACUACAGUUCAUCUCCCUGGGUGCAUGCCGGAAUAUGUUAGAUUCAAAUUACUUGCAGUAUUUCCCACUUGUGACAGACCUCGUCCCACCAUUCUGGCAUCAGCUAGUGAAUCAUCUGUAUGUACUGGCAUCUGAGAUGCAGCUCCCACUGUUGCCAGUCUACCAAAAGGAGACUAAGAAUAGAACGGAGGUGGUGAGUGUGUACUGGAGUGCAUCGCGACAAGGACAUCCGACCAAAGAUCCCUAUUUCCUGCAGUCUGAGAUAAAUGGUUCUCUUGAAAAUCCUCUCCAGAAUCUAGGCAUGCUCUUAAUUCCUGCCUUCCCACGUCUACAGGAAAUCCGUGACCAAUUUGUCAAGGCAGGAGUUUGCGUCUUAAAUUUGGAUUCUCCAUCCCUCUGCUGCUUCCUUAGGAGUUUUCCUGGCCUGCAUCUGCCACAUCCACUAAACCAAACACCUGUGAAGAAUAGUUCAGGCGCCUCUGCUCUUCUCAAUUUUUGCCUUAAUGGGCUGUGCUCUGAGAACAUCAGAUGCCUGGAAGGUCUCCCCUUAUUGGUAACUCAGGAUGAUAUGCUCCGACAUUUCAGUCAGAAGGACCCAGUCUACCAGAGCAGCGCUUCUGUACUUUUUCCAAGCCACUGGGAUAGGUUUUCUGCCUGCCUCAUUAACAGUCCAGAGGCUAGGCAACUCUUAGUAGAGAGCAGGUUUAUGAAAGAGUUCACUCUGAGCGAAUCUGCUGUUUACAUAAAAGAGAGACUGAGAAUGAAUGACUGGAACACUGGUCCUAAACGUAGGGACUGGCUAGAUAAGGUGUGGAAGUUCUUUAAAAUGCAGAUCUGUGCAUCUUCCAAGAAGGACACAAGGAACCAGAUGUUCCAGGAGCUAGUUUCCCUUUUCAAAGGCUGGUCUCUUUUCCCUGUGUGCGGCUCUGGUGAGGAGCUGGUUCCCCUUGACUCCCUUAACACAAUUUUGAAUAGCCACACUGGGAAUGUUACUGAAAUCCUCUGUAAGCUGGGCUUUGCAAAGCUAGACAUCUCUCUUCUACCUUUAGACCUCAUCACAUGCUGCAUUGAGCCACAACUGCUACAGACAGAUGAUCCAGCUGCUGUGCUGGCACAGUUGGCUGCCCAGCCCAACCUGCACUGGCAUAAGCUUAAACAAUGGGAAUUUGAAAAUCUCUUGAGGUUCCUGAGCAAAGAUCUAAAGAAGUUAGCAAAUGAUCAUGGAUUACUCAACAAGCUGAAGGCCUUGCCGAUAUUUGAGACUCAUCAAGGACAGCAUGUGUCACUGGCUUUGUACCAAAAUGUGUACCUGCUGCAGUCCAAAAUCUCAGAUAUAUCCAGUAAGUUCAGAGGGCUUUAUGAGGCAGAUAAAGGGACAGUUUUGCUAAAAGACAAUGAACUGAACAGAAAACUGGCCAACUGCUUGGGUAUUGGCGUAAUGGAUGAUUUGCAGCAGUUUGUGAAGCUCCUUUUGCCUCAUCUGCUGCAUCUCCCAGAGGCCCGUCUGUUAGAGGCGGUGACGUUACUCCUUUUCAUCAAGAUAUGCUGUCCAGAAUACAAGGGUGAGGAGGAGACGGUGAUAUCAAAGUUCCGACCUGUUGCCUUCAUCCGGGACAAGCAAGAUGUCCUGCGUCCUGCAUCCUACUUCUACGACAGCAGUGUUGGUCUUUUUCAGAUGCUGGGGUUGGACUCUCAAUUUAUACCAGACAAAUUCUACAAGACUGUGUGGUCAGGCAGCAAAUCAGACGUGAUUAGAUUCUUAAAGGAUGUGGGCCUGCGGCAUGAAGUCACUGAGGAUGAUUUCCUGCACUUUGCAGUCCAGAUUCAGAGUGAAGCGCUGAAGAAUGGCGCUAUAUCUGGUGAGCUUCCUGACAAACGGAAAGCACUUCUGUCACAUUUGCUUGGCAAGAAAAGUGAGUCUUUAUCAGAUGCCUUCUUAGAUAAGUUGUCCCUACUUCGUUUCUUGGCACCUCAGUCCAUCCAUGCUGAUCUAUGCAAGCUCCACUCACCGUUGGUCUCUAGAAACAUUGCAGUGGCACCCCAAGGCUCUUUAUAUACUUCAGAAAAAACAGAACUAGUUUGGACAUCAACAGUGAUUCUGCCUCCCAUUGGACCACUGGAUAAAAACAAAGAAGCCAUUCUGGCACGCCUGAGGGUACAAUGUACCUUAUCAGCCCAGCUGGUCUUGAAAAAUCUGAGCAAUGUAUGUCAGGCAGAAUGCAAAACCCAGGAAACCAAGAAAAUUCGGGCAGCUGUCCUCCAGCUGAUGUAUGGUUACUUACAGAAACAGAAGAACGUAGAGACGGGAUAUGUCAGUGGACUCCCUGUGGUGCUGGUAGAUGGUGAUGAAGUAGCAGAAGCCCAGCAUGUUGUGGUGUCCUUGAACAAUUGGCAAGAAUUCCGACCAUACCUCUACAGAUUACUCCCAGAUCUAGCUCCCUACAAGGAAAUUCUGGAAGAAUUUGGGAUGAAAGUGGAACCCACUAUCCAUCAUUACGCCAGUGUAUUGGCCAGGAUCUACAAGGAGACCGCACAGAAAGCCACACAGCAACCCAACCACAUUAAAACAGUAAGACGGGCCACCCGCUGCUUCUUUAAGCUUCUCAAGGAAUCAGAGGGAACAGGGGACUUCUCAGACCUGAAGGAACUGCAUCUGCCUUGCACUGAUGGGAAGCUUUAUCCAUCUAAUAUGCUUGUCUUCAACGACUGUGCUACUGGCCAAUCCCUCCAGGCCUUGCAGGGUACAUUUCACUUCCUAGUGGACCAUUUUGAUAGCUUCCGAUCAUUUGAGACCUAUAAGCUUAGAAAACUAUUGCUUCUGCUUCCAGUAGCCCUGCAACCCAGGAGACUGUCAGAUAUUACCAGAGAGCAACUGGAUGAGUCAUCUCUAGAACUCUGCUCCUAUGGAGUUCACUGUGAGUUCCAGUCCCGCCUUAAAGAACUUCUGGUUGCACCCAAAUUCCAGGAAGCUCUUGUUGCACUUCUAAGGUGGCAGAACACAACUAAGGAAGCAGAGGAUGACGGGGUACAUGAUGGACUCUUCUCCUUGGAGCAGUUAGAGGUUAUCUGCUGUGAGACGCUACACACUGUGAUGUUUCAUCAGUCACAGUGCUUGGAAGGGAGCCGAGAGGCCAAGACCAUGUUUGUUGCAACAACACCCGAUGGGAAGCAGCACAUUUACCUUUUGCACCAGGAGAGACUUGAUGGGCGACAGGUUGUGAAGACCUGUAACAUCUUGGCUGAAGAAGUGAACAAGCUUCUUGGAGAGAGACUUCGUAUGAAGGCCAUGCAUAUCCUUGGUGAGAUUCUGGCUUGCCAAGAACCAGAAGAAAUUGCUGCAGUGCUGAAUGAUCAUAAAGUGCCCCUCCAGCAGUUCAGAGAUGCCUUCACCCUCCCUGAUCCUGGGAUGCAGAUUCCUGAGGAAUGGCAUGAUAGCCUGGAUAUGAACAUCCUGCAUUCCUUUAUGCCAGGAGAUUACGUGGGUUACUUGGACUCAUCAGUGCAAGGUGAAUGUUAUGUCUAUGCUGUGGUCUUGGAGGACCUGGGGCUGCAGCAGAGUGGAUCUGGACAGGUGCACAUGUACUGCAUUGAUGUGGGAGGUGGGCAGCAGUUAGAUGUCAGCGUUCAUGAUCUUUACCACUUUCGGCGGUGCACACCAGAAUCUGAUUCAAGCAAGGCUUUGGUGUUGAUGCAAAGUUCCCCUGGUGGGGCCACUGCUGCCAGUCAAAGUGGUGGCGACUGGUACCAGCAGCCACUAAGCGAAGUGAAGAAAAAAGUGGAUGCCUGCCUAGCUGAGAUCUGGAGUCUGUCAAAGGAAGAGAGGAAGAAGGCCAUACGAAGACUCUACCUGUGCUACCACCCAGAUAAAAACCUCGGUCAGGAGGUCUUGGCCAAUGAAAUCUUCAAAUAUCUUAAAGAGAAAAUUGAGAUGGAGAACAAGGGCUUAAAGAGUGGUAGUAGUGGGGGCCCUAAAAGCGGUGGUUCUUUCAACAGAAACAGUUGGAACUUCUCAAAGUACUGGAGUGAAUGGGACCAGCAAGCUCAUCAACACCAACAGAGGCGUCAGGAAUUCACCAGGCAAAGACAGAGUAGAAGAGGGGGAAGCAACUUCACAUACAACUUCUGGUCCUUCCACGGCUAUGGAACAAAAACACGUCAAUCAAAGUGCUCUGGCAUGGAGGAGGCAAGACGCUGGCUACGGCAAGCAGAGUAUGACCUGCGCGCAGCAGCCAAUGAGUUUGACAGUGGCAGCACAGAAUGGCUGCUUUACAAGACUUACCGAGCAGUGGAGAAGGCCCUCACAGCAGUUGAGUACAAACAAGGCGGGCAUUUUGACAACAAUCUGUCUGUUGCAAUGCUGGCUGCUAAGGUGGCGGCGCACGGACAAGAGCUGACUGCAAUUUGUGACCAAGUGUCCAAACUUCGACAGCAUGGCAUGGACGACAAGAAAACACAGUAUCCUAAAUACCAUUCGCCACCCACCAUUCCCAAUGAGGCCUUCCACACGUGCAAAGAACAAGAAGUGCUGCUGCUAGGUCAGGAGAUUCUAGACACAGUAAGGAAGUGGCUUAGCCAGUGGUGAAAGUGUGAGAUUUUUCAAAUCUUAUGUAGACCAGUUUCUGUAAGGCACAGCUACUUGUAAUGGAAACUUUGGGAUCAAACUUUUUAAACUGCAGAGUGGGUAGGAAGAAUAAGUAUUGUUAGUGUUUCAUGUCACAAUUUGAGCGAUUUUGGGCACUAAGUGAUAGUAUCUGUGUACCGUAUGGAACAGACUCUUGUAGUUUUUAUAUAUUUUUUUAAACUUAAAUUUUUUUUAUUUAUUUUGUAAAAAGUGACCGCAUAUGGCACUUUAAGGAGCCAAAAUGCUGUGUCAGUAUUAUGUAACUCCUACUAUACAGCCAAAUGAGAAGCAUGUGAGUUACAUGUGUAGCUAGUUAGCUAAUUAAGAAAUGUGAUUGGCUAGCUGAAGUAUAUCAACAGAGGCCAAACUCUCUGUCUCUUGUGGGUGAAAAGGAGGAUAUCGGAGGAGAGGAGUGGAGAGGAUUUUGAUAACGUGGCUUGUUACUCUGUUGGACUGGAUGAGUGUAUUGACUUAUGGACUGGUAUGUGUGAUAACUCUUCUGGAUUGUGAAUUUGUACUGUUGACCUGGCUGGACUGAAUAUAUGUAACCUGACCAUUGGACUGACUUUAACUACUGCUUUUGCCUAAACCCAAAUAUAUCUGUUGAAACGGC